UUGAAACACCCGGCAACCGCGCACUAGCUCAAAUUGUCAAUGUUUGACACAGACAAAUUUCGAGGUUAAUUACACAGCCUAGGCAGGACAGGAAUCUUUGGGGCCCCAAAACACUCCCAAUAAAGCACAAUGUCCACGCUUGCAGCCCCAGUACGAGUCUCGCCAGUUAUCAAAUUUUUCAGAUGGAGCCUUUUGGGAACGGGCGUCGUUUACGGAGCCUUCCACCAGAGCAGGUUAGGCAAGAAAGAAGCAGCGCUUCGCGAAGCCGAGGCGAAACAGAAAAUCAUCAGGGACGAGAAGCUGGCCAUUGAGAAGAAGCUGGCAGCAGAUCGGGAAAUCCAGGAGCUGGAGGCUUUGGCCAAGUAGAUUUUGAAUAUUGGUAGUGCUAAGCGAAUAAACGGUUGUUCCAUGUAAGGCCACACUUUAAAAUAUAGUUCAGUGAUUUGAUA